AUGCAGCGACGCUUGCAGCGGCUUCUUGCUGCGCCGCACGUGAGACAUCGCUUCCGAGGCAACCGAUUCCAGGUCUCCAUAGCAACGAUCGUUCAGGAGGCCGACAAUGUCCUUCCCUGCUAUGUCGUGGUGCAGAAUCAAAUCCGCCCCCAAGUGGAACAAGCGACGGGACGUUGCGAAGCCACCUCCAGCUUCACCCACACGCUGAAGUGGACUUGGCAGGACAAAGAGUACUCCUGCGAGGGUAAACAUCGAAGUAAACGUGGUGCCAAGAACGAAGCUGCGCGGCAAGUCCUUAGAUUCCUCAUUGAUGAGGAGGCAUCAACUCUAGAUCCGCGACAGAACGGAGCCGUUGCGCAAUGGGCGAUUGGGUCUUUGAGUGAAGACUUGGAUGCCACCUUGGAAUGCAAAGAGGACGAUGAAACAGGUGGCUCGCGGCAGCAAAGCCAUACUUGCACCUGGACCUGUCCCCAGAUCGAGGGUGAAGUCGUUGCCACUGGCUCGGCGCGAGCGGCCACAGAGUCGCGGAGGAACGCUUUCGCUGCCCUCUACCAAAGCCUGCCAAGCGCUUUGGAGGAGAUCUAUCUGCAGGUCAAAGCCAAGCCUGCUGCAAGCAAUGAGGAGGUCAGGCCUGCCAACAAAGCUCGACAUGGGGAGAUCAACACUAUGCACAACACAGCUACCCAGAAGCUUCAAAUCAAGGCUGCUUGGGAUUUCCACGUCCACACACCCGGACAAGUUGAGUGCACCCUGACAUGGACGUACUAUGACUAUGACCAGGCGGAGAUGAAAACUGUACAGGUAAGCGCUGUGGAACGAUCCAAGGCUGCAUCCAAGGCUGCCGCUAACCAGAAGAUGCUCAUCAAUCAGGGUCAUUUGGUGGAGAUCCCUUCCGCACAGCAGGAAGCCAUUGACGAAGUUCAUCUGGCAUUGAGGGAGCAACGUGUCCAGGAUGCCUACGCCAAGACGAUGACUCUACUGGAUCAGACGGAACCAGUGGCAUGGUCUUUCUUCCUGCCACACGUGUUCCGUGCCGUCCUGGGGGAAGGCGAUGUGGCAUCUAUGCACGAGCUGCUGGGUAGUGCUCUGCGGCUUGUCCAAGACUCUGGAAUGCCCGUGGAGCUGUGGGAAUCCUUGCUGGAUGAGGCCAGCUUUUCCGUGCGCCACUACUUCAUGGCAUCCCCAGCCUUGCGCCAGCUUGGAGGCGCCACGCUCGCGGACUCCUUCCCCCGCGCGCUCGAGAAGGACUACUUCCGACGGUUCAGGCACCUGCUGGCAUUGGAACGCCAUGGAGGGCUGAUGCAUGGUAUUCAGCAAUACGAGCUUGAUCCAGACGGGCAAGCGGGCGUUCCGACCCUGGAAGUGCAUCAUUUCGAG